GAAAAGGAACGUCAUCUACUUCGAACGCUUAGCAUUAGCCAAAAUUAGCUUGGUGACAAAGCUAUAGAUAUAUUCAGCCACAUCUUGUUUUUUUCUUUAAAACUUAAGUAAAAGUUGGCUUAAUUAAUUUACUUUUCUUGUGUUUACAGCAGGAAAUAUGUACAUAGAAGCCUUAAUCCGAUGCAGGGACAUGCUAAAAGGAGAACUUAUCGCGUGAAAUGCUGGCUAGCUUUUAAAAUCUAGCUUAGGGGCCGACAAACGAAAGUGGCUAACGUUAUCGAGGGUUAACCCAACAUCAACAAUCCCGUGUGUUUUUGUCGUAACUGCCGUAAGCAUAAGAAGGAGGACAGAUUGAGAGAAUACCGUUCCUACAACGCGGCAUUGGGUCUGUCUAAGGCAGAGCCAUGGGUGCGUUCCUGGACAAACCCAAAACAGAGAAGCACAACUCACACGGUGAAGGGAAUGGACUGCGCUAUGGGGUGAGCUCCAUGCAGGGAUGGCGGGUAGAGAUGGAGGAUGCCCACACAGCUGUGUUAGGACUUCAGACUCCUGGAAUGACUGACUGGUCCUUUUUUGCGGUGUAUGAUGGUCACGCUGGAUCAAAGGUUGCCAAUUACUGCUCUAAGCACCUUCUUGAACACAUAAUUACUGCUAGUUUUGGAGCUGGAGGUACACAACGCUCACAUGUUGGAUCAGACGACUCCACCAGUAACUCUCAGGCCCCACCAUCUUCUGCAGUGGAGGUCGUGAAAGCUGGGAUCAGAACAGGUUUUCUAAGCAUCGAUGAGCACAUGCGCAACUUCUCUGACCUUCGUAAUGGUUUGGAUCGCAGUGGCUCAACAGCUGUUGGAAUUCUUCUGUCACCAGAUCAUUUUUUCUUCAUCAACUGUGGAGAUUCUCGAGCUGUUUUGUACCGCAAUUCACAGGUGUGCUUCUCCACACUUGAUCAUAAGCCUUGCAACCCACGUGAGAGGGAGCGCAUCCAGAACGCUGGCGGCUCAGUGAUGAUUCAGAGAGUUAAUGGAUCACUAGCUGUGUCAAGAGCUUUGGGGGACUAUGAUUACAAGUGUGUGGAUGGCAAGGGCCCCACAGAGCAGCUGGUUAGCCCUGAGCCAGAAGUGUUUGUGAUGGUUCGGGCACCAGCACAAGAUCAGUUCAUUAUUCUGGCUUGUGAUGGCAUCUGGGAUGUCAUGUCCAAUGAGGAAUUGUGCGAGUUUGUCAAAUCUAGACUUGAGGUUUGUGAUGACCUGGAGAAAGUCUGUAAUGAAGUUGUGGAUGCCUGCCUGCACAAGGGGAGUCGGGAUAACAUGAGUAUUGUAUUAGUGUGUUUGCCCAACGCUCCCAAAGUAUCAGAGGAAGCUGUGAAGAAAGAAGCUGAGCUCAACAAAUAUCUGGAGACUCAAGUAGAAGAAAUGCUGUCUCUAUCAGGAGAAGAGGAGAUUCCAGAUCUUGUAACAGUGAUGAGGAAUCUGUCUACUGACAGUGGCAUGCCCCCUUUGCCACCAGGAGGUGGACUUGCUAGCAAGCGCAGUGUUAUUGAAGCAGUAUACAACCGUCUUAGUCCAUACAAGGAGGAAGAUGGCCCCUCCUGUUUCAUUUGAGUGGAGACUUGGAGUGCCACUGGUAGCUGUCCAGCACAACGGCGUCAUUCGAAAAACAAACGAACAGGACCACUAUUCUUCACGAGAUCGCAUCCGUAUUUGUCUUUUAAUUUCACGUGAGAAUAAUCUAAACAGGAAUUCUUAUUUUGAAAGUGCACCCAGUGUGGAGGACUGCAAACAGAUUUUAUUUAAAUUCACAAACGAGGGAAUUAAAAAAAAAAAAACUGCACUACGGAACUAUAUAUACAGUACAAAAGUCAAAGGAGGGGCACAUGAGCAGUUUGUCUUUCCUUUUUUUAUUGCUUUGUUUGUCAUGUUGUUUUUUUUUUAAUGAUUGACAGACAUGGAAACAUGUUUGGAAAGCUUUGGGACUCCAUGGUGCCUUGCACAUACCUGAGAGAGAACAGAGGAUCUCACACCUCAACAACCAGCCAGCCACUCACAGAUGUUUCUAAGAGACUGAAAUGGCUUGCGGCAUUAUUUGUUUUAAGCGUUAUUUUAUUAUUUUUGCACCUGACUGAGAGCUUAUUUACCACACAAGUCUGCAAAUACAUAAGCUACGUCUUCGGGUUGAGGUGCGGGGGAUUCUCAUGCUUCAACAUGACUACUUCACCUACCUGUAUCUGGCUCAUUGAAGACUCUCCUGGAUUUAAAAGGUCUGAGGUCCACGUCCUCCAAAGACCUGUGUCACCUGAGGCUCCACCACCUAAAAACAAGGGGAAUGCUAAUGAGUGCGUGGCACCUUCAUUUGUUUUGGCUCUUUCUGUCCAAAUGAACUCAGGCUGGUGCACCUCUCUGCA